UUGGGAUUGUAAGAAAAGACUUUGCCUCAAGCUGUACCUGCUCCGGAGAGAACCCUGGUUGCGCCUUUAUUGUAUUUUUAUAUUUGUCGAGUGUUCUUCGUGGAAUUAAAAUGAUGUAAACUGUAUGUCAUGUUACACGGUCCUAUGGUGCCACAGUGAAAACCCUAGCGCAUAAGAUUAAUUCACUGAAUUGGAUCAAACGUUUUGUUUUUGUGGCGUAAUCAAGUAUAGACUCUGACCGGACCCAGGCUGCACCGUGGCCUCCCGUCCAGGUGGAGGCGCUGUGAGUUACCGUCGCACCGAAAACCCGGUAGCUGCCUCUGUCUUUAACAGAACUCACAUGGACUGUUGGCCGGUUCUGUCCCGCGUGCUGGGAAUCGCGUCCGAACUGGGAUCUUUUGGGCAUUUGACGUCUUCACGCAUACCCGAGUAUUCUGUUUUGCCACAGUCCGUAGCUAGUUAUAGGCGGGCGGUGUUUACAUACGUGACACGUGUAGAAUACUAAGAACGCAGCAGACAACCACACCGCGAACUGACACCCCAUCGUUUAUUGAGAACACAAGCGUUUACUGUCACAACAUUAACACAUCGGAAUUGCGGCCCGGUUGUCAAAAUGACAGACAAACUGGAGGAAAUACUUUUAAAGCUGACGCAGCCGGAUAAUACGAUUAUUCAGCAGGCCACUGUCCAGCUGAAAGAGAGUUUCAAAGACCCAAACAUUAUACCAGCCCUGUGUGCUGUCAUGAGCGGGUCCCCGAACUCUCAGGUUCGUCAGUCGGCUGCAGUGAUGCUGAGGUUGAGAGUAAAGAAGCACUGGAGGAAGAUUAGUCCUAAUGACAGAGAGAGCCUAAAGGCGGUGGUGUUGCAGGCCUUCAUGCAGGAAUCAGACCACACAGUGCAACACUCACUUUCCCAGCUCUGUGCCGUGAUGGUUAAACAUGAGACACCAGAUCGCUGGCCGGCCCUGUUGCAGCUCCUUAAUCAGUCCACUAAGAGCAGCAACCCUCAUGACAGACAGGUUGGUCUGUUGCUGCUAAAUAAGGUGAUGGAUUCCAACCCUGAACCUUUCAAACCUCACUAUUGCCAGCUGCUGCAGCUGUUUAGUACAGUGCUGCAGGAUCACAACAACCCAACAGCCCUGUACUACUGCAUCCUUACACUUACUGCCAUAACUGCAUAUACUGGUUCUGAAGAGAUGAAUCAGAUUCGUUCUAUUAUCCCAAAUCUGAUUGUUGCCCUCAAACGCCUCAUUAUAGCAAACCAGGACCAAGCCAGUGAGGCCAUGGAGGUCUUUAAUGAGCUUAUGGAGAGUGAGGUUUCCAUUAUUGUCCCUCAUGUUGCUGACAUUGUGCGUUUCUUCUUAGAGGUUGGCAGUGACUCCACUCUGAGUGACUCUCUGCGUGUUAAAGCUCUCUCUUGCAUUGCCUUCCUGAUCAAACUAAAGGGCAAGACUGUGCUGAAGCAGAAGUUGCUAAACCCCAUUCUGCAGGCCAUUUUCCCCAUCCUGACGGCAGCACCGCCACCUGGUGAACAUGACCCAGAGGAUGUGGAGGAGGACAGCGGAGAUGGCACAGAUAACGAGAAUCCCAAACACUGUGCAGCUCAGAUCAUUGACACAAUGGCACUGCAUAUGCCACCUGAGAAGCUCUUUCAACAAGUGAUGCCCUUUGCCCAGACCUGCCUUGCCAGUGAUGACCCAUAUCAGAAGAAGGGGGGGCUCAUGUGUCUUGCUGUGCUGGCUGAGGGUUGUGCUGACCACAUACGCACAAAGAUGCUGUCAUCAAUGCUGCAGACAGUGUGUCGGAGUCUUUCUGACAGUAAUCAGGUGGUGCGAAGUGCUGGCCUUUUUGCCCUUGGUCAGUUCUCUGAACAUUUACAGCCUGAAGUUAGUAAAUUCUGUGGAGAAUUGAUGCCAUUGCUGUUGGAAUACCUUUCAUCCUUGAGCCAGGCCAAACCUGGACAUGUCACCAAGGCCUUUUAUGCCUUAGAGAACUUCAUGGAGAACCUAGGAUCUGAUAUUGAGCCUUACCUGCCCACCCUGAUGGAGACUAUGCUGUCUGCCCUCAAUAAUGCUGAAAACCUCAAGAUAAAAGAGCUUGCUGUGUCUGCCAUAGGUGCCAUAGCCAAUGCUGCCAAGGAGCUCCUGGUUCCCUACUUCACUCCAGUUAUUGAAAGCUUGAAGGGCUUCCUCACCAAUACCACAGAAGAAAUGAGGUCUGUGCAGACUCAGUCAUUAGAUACCCUCUCUGUACUGGCUCGUAUGAUUGGCAAAGAUGUCUUCAGCCCGCUGGCAGCAGAGUGUGUUCAGUUGGGUCUUAACCUCACUGACACUGUUGACGACCCUGAUUUGCGUCGCUGCACGUAUAGUCUGUAUUCCGCAGUGUCCACAGUCAGCCCCGACUGCCUGACUCCCCACCUCACUGCCAUUACAACAGUCAUGCUACUGGCCCUGAAGUCUAACGAGGGCAUCACGGCACACCUUGAGGAAGACAAGACAUUUGUUUUACUGGAUGAGGAUGAUGAUGAUGAUGACAAUGAAGAAGAAAAAGAUGUUGAUUUUCAGGAAGAUGAGAAUGAAACGGAUGUUCACGAUGUUGCAGGGUUUAGUGUUGAGAACGCCUACAUUGAUGAGAAGGAGGAUGCCUGUGAUGCACUAGGAGAGAUUGCCUUCAACACUGGUGUUGCUUUUCAAUCCUUCCUGGAGCCCAGCUUCCAGCAGGUGUACGAGUUGAGAGAUUUUCCACAUGAGGACGUCCGUAAGGCAGCAUUUGGAGCCAUGGGCCAGUUUUGCCGAGCUCAGCACAAAGUGUGGAAGGAUAAUCCUACUGAAGCCAAUCACCAGGCCCUGCUUAAGCUGUUGGAUGUGGUCAUUCCUUGUUUCCUGGAAACGGUCCGGACAGAGCAAGAGCGCCAGGUUGUGAUGGGUGUCCUGGAAUCCAUGAACAGCAUCAUAAAGUCCUGCAAGGAGGAGGUUUUCAGAAAUCCUUCACGUCUUCAAGAGAUCAGCCACGUCAUCCGGGACGUGCUCAAGAAAAAGACUGUUUGUCAAGAUGGUGGAGCUGAUGAAUCUGAUGAUGAUGAACAACAGGCAGAGUAUGACGCCAUGCUCCAGGAAUUUGCUGGAGAGGGAAUCCCUCUGGUGGCCUCCUCUGUUCCUGCAGACAGCUUUGCCCCCUUCCUCAAUGACCUGCUGCCUCUCAUCAUGAACAAAGCAAAAUCCUCCUGCACAGUGGCAGACCGAUCUUUUUCCGUGGGAACUAUUGGAGAGAUCCUCGACGCGCUCGCCAGCGUUCCAGGGGGCCAGAGAUUGGCAGGUCGACUGUCCAACCGUUUGCUUCCUGUGCUGGUAGGCGGCGUGAGGGACAGUGAUCCUGAGGUUCGCAACAACAGUGUGUUUGGACUGGGAUGUCUGGCUCAAGCAGCUGGACCCAUCGUUGUCACAGACUAUCCUAUGAUGCUGUCUGUAUUCUCCAACCUGCUGGCCAAAGAGUCAGACCUCAGGGUGAUUGACAACCUGUGUGCUGCCCUCUGUAGGAUGAUUUUAAGCAAUGUGGAUGCAGUCCCACUGGAACAGGUCGUGCCUGCCCUGGUGACACGUCUUCCACUCAAAGAGGACAUGGAGGAGAACAAGACUGUGAUCAAAUGCCUGGCUUUGCUCUACACUCACAGUCCUGCUCUGAUUGUGAAGCUAAUGAAGCCCAUAGUUUCUGCUUCCAGUCAUGUCCUGGGCAACAAGGACGUUGAUCAAGAAAACCAGAACGCUUUGGCCAUGCUGAUAAAAGAAUUUGCCCAGCACCACCUGGCAGAUUUCCAAGCUGCUGUGAGCUCCCUCAACGCUGAGCAACAGGCCAAACUCAGCGCUGCCAUGUCUGCCUAGUAGCCUCCAGGCCUCUUCCACUGUUCCACUAAACACCAUCUCUGCAGCACUUCAACCUGUCUAAUAUAGUUACUGCAAACAACGUUAAUGCUUUGGACUAUUUACUUUUAAUUUAUUUACUUGAUUGCAUGCUGUUUGAGUUCUGUUAUUUCAAGAGUUUGCCAUCCUGUUGUUACCAGUGACUUUAGUUUUUCACUUGUUCUGAGCUGAUUUUUGCUUAUACACUGCAAGGUUUGAUAUAAAAUUAAAGCUUCAGAAAGCGAAAUCUAGCAACAUUUGUUAAUAUGGAGAGCAGUAAUUCGUGGCAGGUUCUUUAUUGCCCCUCAGAUGUCUCUUUGUUUCUGAGUCUCUGUACGGUCAGCCGGCUGCUUUUUCAUGUCCAGUGCCAUUGAGAUCUGCACCGGAGUCAGGCCCUUCUCCCCUGACACAAACACAAGAAGGCACGUUUGUUAGUAAUAUUAUAUUCAUGCCACACAUUUACAUUAUUAACCCAAAGUCAUAACACUCUAUCAGCUUUUAAAUUAUAUAUACUGUUAACCUGCAACUUGUAAAUGUCCAACAUGUAAAUGAAAAAGAACAGUGUAACGUCAGCAGAUGAGACUGAGGGCAUCUCCAUGUGAAGCAGAGCAGAGGUGGAGCGCUGCCGUGGGUUUAAGCUCUGCUCUCCCACCUGUACAUCUCCACGGCAGGAUGUUCAUUCCAGUACGGCAGAGGGAGCGGUCGGUGUGGGCCUCGGUGCUGUACAGGACCUCCUGCAGCUGUUUAUCGCCAGGCCUCUUGGCUUUUACCCUCACCUGGAAGAGGAGAGAGGAUGCUGUCGCUCUGUUUCACUGCCAUAAACAAUAUUUGUUUAUAUUCAGGAAAGAAAGUAAAAUGUGAUUUACCUCCAGAAUGGUGGUCUCUUUCUC